AGCUCAUGAGCUAGCAAACUCACACGAGCUAGCAAACCAGCCCACACGAGCUCCAUCGGAUGGGGUCCUUCGCCAGAGCUGCGCGCUUCCUGGUGCUCCUCCAGAUCGUCCUGUUCGUCAUCUCCGCCGUGCUCAUGAGCGGCCCCGUCUGCCAUGGAGCCCGCCCAGGGAUCGGUGGUGGAGCUCUCGAUCCUAAUCGUCCGACGGUUACAGUGCCGCCUGGUGACCCCUACACCGGUCGUCGGUGCAGCAGCUUGUACAGGUGCCCACCAAGUGUUCAGCCCUGAUACC